GCGCUCCGGCCCGCGGCGGAGCGGCCGAGCGUGUGCGUGUUCGGCGGGCGCGCCAUGGACUUCAACAUGAAGAAGCUGGCGUCGGACGCAGGCAUCUUCUUCACGCGCGCCGUGCAGUUCACAGAGGAGAAGUUCGGCCAGGCCGAGAAGACCGAGCUCGAUGCCCACUUUGAGAACCUCCUGGCGCGGGCGGACAGCACCAAGAGCUGGACAGAGCGCAUCUUGCGGCAGACGGAGGUGCUGCUGCAGCCCAACCCCAGUGCCCGCGUGGAAGAGUUCCUGUAUGAGAAGCUGGACAGGAAGGUGCCCUCAAGGGUCACCAACGGAGAGCUGCUGGCCCAGUACAUGGCUGAGGCAGCCGGCGAGUUGGGGGCUACCACGCCCUACGGGAAGACGCUCCUCAAGGUGUCGGAAGCUGAGAAGCGCCUGGGAGCCGCUGAGAGGGACUUCAUCCACACGGCCUCUGUCAGCUUUCUCACGCCCCUGCGCAACUUCCUGGAAGGUGAUUGGAAGACCAUUUCGAAGGAAAGGCGACUCCUCCAGAACCGGCGUCUGGACCUGGAUGCCUGCAAAGCACGGCUGAAGAAGGCCAAGGCUGCGGAAGCCAAAGCCACGACGGUGCCUGACUUUCAGGAGACUAGACCUCGUAAUUACAUUCUCUCGGCCAGCGCCUCCGCGACUCUGGAGGACACUUCCUGCCCCCUGCCCCGGGCCGAGUGGAAGGAGAAACAGCCUGGAGGGUGGAGGCCGCCCUGUUUUUUUCUUUUGCCACUGAGCCCCAGUGUGACUCAGGCCCGAGGCUGCCUUUCUCUGCCGGAGGACAGAAAGCUUUGGAAUGACGAGGUGGACAAGGCUGAGCAGGAGCUCCGUGUGGCCCAGACUGAGUUUGAUCGGCAAGCUGAAGUGACCCGUCUCCUGCUGGAGGGCAUCAGCAGCACUCACGUGAACCACCUCCGUUGCCUCCAUGAGUUUGUCAAGUCUCAGACGACCUACUAUGCACAGUGCUACCGCCACAUGCUGGACCUGCAGAAGCAGCUGGGCAGCUCCCAGGGUGCCAUAUUCCCUGGCACAUUUGUGGGCACCACGGAGCCCACCUCCCCACCCCUGAGCACCACCUCACCCACCACCGCCGCAGCCACCAUGCCUGUGGUGCCCACAGUGGCCAGCCUAGCCACUCCGGGAGAGGCCCCACUCUGCCUGGAGGAGGUCGCGCCCCCAGCCAGCGGGACCCGAAAGGCCCGGGUGCUCUACGACUACGAGGCAGCUGACAGCAGCGAGCUAGCCCUGCUGGCUGAUGAGCUCAUCACUGUCUACAGCCUGCCUGGCAUGGACCCUGACUGGCUCAUCGGCGAGAGGGGCAACAAGAAAGGAAAGGUGCCUGUCACCUACUUGGAACUGCUCAGCUAAGCAGGCCCCCCAAAGCCCUGCCACUCAUCUUGUCUGGUGACAGAUGCCCAAGUGAGGAGACUGGCCCCAUUCUACCUGUGCCCGUCUUCCUGAGGGAAGGAGCUAACAGGCCACGGGCACAGCCCCUCCACCAGUCUUCCUUCUGACCUGUGGUUUGGAGCCUGGCCUGCUGCACCCCUGCGCACCCCAGCCCUCCUAGCCCCGUGGGUGGGAGGGAUGCAGUGCUGGCACCCAGGUGGGCCUAGGAGCCUGGGCACCCUUGGCAAGAAGAGCACCUAUCUUAGCUGCCAAAGGUCAAGGGGCAGCAGUGAAGCAGGCAGGGCUCUGGCAGCUCAGGCAGAGUGCUGCCCUCGGAGGGGACAGCCUGGCAGGAGACAGGUUGGCUCAUGCAGCAGCGCCCGCCUGGUGCUACCCUUUCCCCUCCCACAGCUCCCAGCUCAAGCUGUGCGUGGCUACAGCCUUCACCUAUUCUCUUUUUCACUGGUCUUUUUACUUCUGCCUGCCUGCUUGCUCUGGCCAAUGGCAAAUAAUAAACCCUCCUUUGUGUGCUUUGU